AUGGGUCAUAUUCACGUUAUUGUUACCAUACAAACUAAUGAAAAAAGCUGUUUAACUCCACAAUAUUUUUAUGAGUGUAAUAAUGUCACUGAUACUUCUUCAAGCUCUAGUGCUGCAAUUUCAAGACCAUCAGUUAUGGGAUGGAACAAUAAAGAAAUAAUUCAAAAAUUCUAUGAAGGUUUUGAAUGGAUUCCAUUUUCUUUUAGUGUGGAUUCAAAACUUGCAAAAGUGUUUAUAGGAACAACACCUGAUGAGGUAUGGAAAAAAUCUGGAUUUAUACAAAAAUUUAAAGGACGAGAACUUAUUGGAUUGUUAAAUAAAAAAACACAAGAAAUAUUAUGCAAUUAUAGAGUUCCAAAAUUAAAAAAAUAUUAUUCAAUAAAUUAUGAAUUUAAUGAACGCGAAUGGUGUGCAUGGCGUUCAUUUCUUCAAGCUAUUGGAUAUACAGAUAUUACUCCUUGGACUAAAGAAGAAUCAAAGUUUCAAAUAUGGACGCGAGAAUCAGAUUCAACAAAUGACAAAGUAACAUUAGAAAAUUUGUAUAAAUUAGGAUUUCUUGUUGAAAUUUCAGUUUGUGCAUCAAAUACAACUCAAAUUUUUUGGUCAUGUCAAACUCAUACUAUUUCAGAAGCAAGGAAACAUGCUAGACUUAAUGGUUGGGGUAUGCCUUCUAGACUAAAAUUUACAUCAGAAAAAUUAGAACAAUUUGAAAAAAUUUUUAUGGACAAAGAUAUUGCAAAUAUGAGUUCAUACAAAAGUGACAAUAAAAGAGGUCUUCCUAUUUUAUACUUACAAGAUCAAAAGCAAACAUUACGGGAACGAUUUCAUGAAUACUAUUCAAAUGAUAUUUAUUAG